AUGGCUGACAGCUUGUUGCAUGCGGCAACGCCAGAUCGCGGCCAAGUCGCCAGAUCCGGUUGCCACCGCCUCGGGCAGAACCCGAUAGCUUAUCGGAUCUCCAAGUGCAUCUUGUUUGGAUCAACAUCCUUUUCAUCUUCACGUAUUAAACACAUUGCAAUGGAUCCCUUGACUGCAGCACAUCAUCGAAAUGCAUCCAGGUCUUCUCGGCCCCGCAGCUCGACCAGAGGUCCUCUUGAUGCAUUAGAUGAUCCUCUUUCUGCUUCGACUCUACCCACUUCACCGACCAAGGACAAAUCAAUGGCUUCCAACACUUUCACCGGGGCAUCUUUCCACGAAUUAGACCCGCUAGCUCCAGAUGAUCUGCCUGAAACCCUAGGAAAAGACCUCUCCUUCCUCCUUAGACAUAAUGUCUUCCAUACGCUCUCUCAUCUCGACAUUCCUCCACCACUGCGAUCAGAAUUCCUCAUCCUCAACCCUGGAGAACCUCUAUCUUCCUCUUUGGCUAUUCUCGAAAAGCUAUUAAGUGAGGGACGGUUUCUCGUCGCGGCGCAUUUCUCAGCUUCCAUCCUUACAUCCUCGUUAAUAUCAUCCACCGACAUCAGGCUUAUCUUCUCCCUGUUCUACACACGUCUUGCUUGCUUGGAGCUAUCUGGCAAUACGGUUUUCGCAUCUCAAGAAUCCAAAGCGCUGGAGGAUCUGAGCUCCGCAUUUUAUUAUAUUGAUGUGGGAUCGGCUCGGGCAGAUAAUGAUAAUGAUCUUGAACACGAGCAUGCCAAUGAACAUGAACCUCGCCAUAUUGUCCCAUGGCCACUGCGUGUUUUAGCCGUGAGACUCCAGAGCAUUGGAUUUGGAGACUCCCGUCGGGGUAUUGGGGGGUUGUACGAAAUCGGAAUUGAGGUGCGCCGGGAGAUCAUGAGAAAGGGGAUCAGUGAGACAGAGCGGGAUGUAUGGAAACAAAGACUGGCCGACCUCGGUAUCAGCAGCAUCAAUGCGCUUAUAGAGAUGGGUGAUUUUGAUGCAGCCAGGCGAUCACUUGGUAAUCUCCGAGUACCUGGACCUGAAGCAGAACUCACAAAGCUGAGGAAAGCGCUUCUUCUUUUGCGAGUGGGUGAUUUGGACGCUGCGAGUCAGGUAUUCGGUGAUGCGAACGAGACAAAAGAAGCCGCUCUAUUAAAGCCUCUUAUCAGCAUGUCAGAUGGUCGCUAUUCUGAUGCUGUGGCUGAAUGGCGCGCCCUUGGGGAUGAUAGGACACGAACAGAUGGAGCUCUGGUAGCCCAAAAUCUAGCAGUGUGUCUAUUGUACACAGGCCAACUGGAUGAGGUAUUUACCACUGGCGUCCUUGUAUGGCCGACUCAGCUAAUACUUUCUCUACAGGCUCGUCAGCUCCUCGAAGCUCAAGUUUCUACCAAUCAUUCAUUUGGCAGUCUGGUCUUCAACCUAUCCACAAUCUACGAGCUCUGCUCUGACAAUGCGGGUUAUCUCAAGGGCCAAUUGGCUGAGACGAUCGCAAAACAGCCUGUGACCGGGCAGACGAAUUUGGAUCGGCCAAACUCGGACCUGAAGUUAUAA